AUGCCAGCAGUUGACCGACAUCAGCAUGUGCACCACUGGCCGCCGCUGGUUGCCCCACAGCGGGAACCCAAGCCGCAGCCCGCGACAGCCAUCGACGGCCCGAUUGAGAGCUUCGAUCAACGCGCUCUGAGUGGCGAGCACGAGUACAGAUAUCGGCUGAGCAACGGCGACACGCGCUACGAGCGCACCUAUUGGCUGCCCCUGGGCUCGGGCCGCACGGUGCUGGCGCGUCGGGGCUACUACUCGGUGCCGCUGCCCAAUGCCCAAUACUCGACCGUCUUCUACAGCGCCGAUGAUCGGGGCUACCAUGUGGAUAUGCACACAUUAUCCGGCGAGCAGCCGCUGCUGCCGCGCAGCCUCGACGUGCCCCAUGAUGUGGCAGGCGUGCAGUCAACGCCAGCAGCUAAGCGAAAUUCAAUAAGCGUGCCAGAGCGUAACGAUGAGCAGCUCGAGCAGCAUCCAGAUGCUCCAGCCAUGGCCAGCAGCAGCAGCAACAGCAACAGCAGCAGCAACACGC